CACAUGGCUCAGUCUGCUGACGAAACUUUCGGCAGAACAUCCUGAACUCAUCUGGAGAUAAUGGCUGGAAUCAUUUGUUGUCUAUCAGCAUUUUUGUUCUUUGCUGUUAAGUUUUCCAGUGGAAUAGUCGACCUCCCUUACUUCUACGAUCCAUCUUCAUGCUACAUUAUUAAUGAAGAAGAUUUUGAUGACUUGAACAACAAACGAAAUCAAUUUGAUGACAAACCGUCCGAUGUUAUCUGCUUACCACUUACCCCCUCCAAUGCAUUUGAAAAGAACACUUGGAAAGGAUGCUUGAGGAAAAGUGACGAUGUACCCGCAUUCUCUGCAGUACGUCCGAUGACAUCUAAGCCUCACCUUGGCCUUCGUAAAAGAUCUCUUGAUGACAUGAACAGAUUUUUGGAAGAUAAUGACCAAAUGAAUUCGCUAGGAAUUUUGCAGCCUAUGGUACGUCUAAAUCGCAACCGAGACAGCAUCAAAACUGUACAUUUACAAUCCUCUUUUACACCACGAUUGGGUCGAAAGCGAUCGGAAGAAAAAAUACCAAAUUUAGAAGACACACUAAAGGUUCAACCGGGUGCCAUCAGUAGCAGAUCUCGACACGUCAUCAACUUAAAUGCGGGAACUGCUUUUACACCAAGACUAGGUAGGUCUCAAGAACUCCGUGCGACUUUGAAGUUCAUGAAAGGCAAUCCGUUACGCAAUAUCUGAAUGACCUAUUCUACUAUAAUCAUUUAUGUUCCAGUAUGCACUAUUUGUGUACUUUUAAACUGAAUAAACCGUUCUGCGAAGAAAUCGUAAAAUACUUUGAAUGCUGAAAUUCGUGUUUGGCAAGAUUAUAGAUUUUUUUGAAUAAAAUUC